AUGGUGCCUGUAGAGAUCACGCGCUCCGACGCGUCGUUCCUCGAGGACGGCGUCGAAUUCUGCUACGAGGACAAGGGCCUGUGCCUGGACGACCUCAACAACCUGUUCGAGGCCGUCGGCUUCCCGCGCCGGGAGAUCUUGCGGCUGCAGACGGCCAUGCACCACACGCACAGAGUCGUGUGGGCCCGGUCAGUGAAGAAGAGCCGGUUCGCGCACAAGGGGCAGUGCCUGGGGUUCGCGCGCGCGACCAGCGACGGCGCGCUGGUGGCCACGAUCUGGGACGUCGCCGUGCACCCCACGUGGAUGCGCUGCGGCAUCGGCAGGGGGCUGAUGGAGCGGCUCGCGGCGGGCCUGCAGGAGGACGGGAUCGGCACCGUGGCGCUGUACGCCGAGCCGGGGGUAGUGAACAUGUAUAAAAAGUUGGGCUACGAGGUUCCGGGGGACUGCCGCGGGAUGGCCUUCCUGCGCCGGGCGGGGACGGGCGCGCGGCUGCGCGCCGAAGUGCAGGGGGCGCUCAAGGAGCGGGGCAGCGGGGCGGCGGCGGGGUGGUAG